CGGUGCUCAAGUCUCUUAGGUUCGUCAUCAAGCCAAGUCCUCCCUGAUUAACGCCCUCUUCCGACUGUCGAUGAAGGAUGUGGUGGCCAAUCUGGCCACUGGCCUAGAGACCAAGGUCACCAAGGGAGGAACUAACUUCAGCGUGGGCCAGCGCCAGUUGGUCUGCUUGGCUCGGGCCAUUCUGCGCGAGAAUAGAAUCCUUGUGAUGGACGAGGCCACGGCCACGGUCUGGGAUCCCCAGACGGACAGCCUCAUCCAGGCAACCAUUCGGAACAAGUUCAAGGAGUGCACUGUCCUGACGAUUGCCCAUCGACUGCACUCCAUCAUGGAUUCCGACAAGGUACUGGUUAUGGACGCUGGACGCGCUGUGGAGUUUGGGUCGCCCUAUGAGCUCCUGACCGUGGCGGAUUCCAAGGUGUUCCACGGCAUGGUCAUGCUACCUACGAGGGUUUUGAGGCCUUCGAAAGCGGCCAAAACCGGAAUCUUUCUUUAUGAUUUGCAUCUAUGGAAAUAUUUUUUCGUUGAUUUCUGUUGACAUUGA